AUGGAAGAUAAUCAAUAUAUUUACCCAUCAAAAGAAAGGAAUUUAAAAAAUUUAAAAGAAAAAAUUAAUAAAACUUUACCUAAAAUUCCAAAUUAUGUGGUUGAUUACGUUAAAUCUCUUUUUCCCAUUUUCAAUUGGAUACAUCGUUAUAAUUUAACAUGGUUAACUGGUGAUUUAAUUGCUGGUAUAACUGUCGGUACCGUAUUAAUACCACAAGGAAUGGCUUACGCUAAAAUUGCUCAAUUAAAACCGGAAUAUGGUCUCUAUUCUUCAUUUAUCGGUGUGUCGAUUUAUUGUUUCUUCGCUACCUCGAAAGAUAUCACUCUAGGACCAGUGGCUGUAAUGAGUUUACUUAUGGGUCAAGCCAUAAACAAACUUAUUGAUUUAUAUCCUGAUGGCAGUCUUACUCCUGAAGCUAUUGCAACUUCUUUAUGUCUUCUCUCGGGGUUACUUGCAUUGAUCAUUGGUUUAUUUCGACUUGGUAUUUUUGUUGAAUUUAUUCCCUCACCAGUUAUUGCUGGUUUUACCACCGGGUCUGCUAUCACUAUCGCCGUUGGCCAAAUAGCAAAAUUACUUGGAAUCUCUGGUAUAGAUAAUAAAAAGCCAACUUAUCUAGUUUUAGUAAAAACUCUUAGUCAUUUAAAUCAAAUUAGAAUAGAUGCUGCCUUAGGUGCAUUUAGUUUGCUUUAUUUAUACGCUUUAAAAUAUGGUUGUGUGUACCUUGGUAAACGUUUCCCCAAACGUGAAAGACUUUUCUUCUUCAUAAGUAUCAUUCGUAUUGGUAGUUUAGUCGUGAUAUGUACUUUAUUCUCUUUUCUUAUCAAUUUAAAUAAUCGAAAAGAUUUAACAAAGAGUCCCAUAUCAAUUUUAAGAAAUGUUCCUUCUGGAUUUAAGCAUAUAGGAGUACCUGAUAUUAGUAUUUCAAUGAUAAAGAAGGUUGGAUCAUAUAUUCCUAGUUCGACUAUUGUUUUGAUCUUAGAACAUAUUGCUAUUGCUAAAACUUUUGGAAGAAUUAAUGACUAUAAAAAACUUAUCGCAAUUGGUGUUACCAAUAUAGUCGGUUCAUUUUUUGGUGCAUAUCCUGCUACAGGUUCAUUUUCACGUACUGCCAUUAAAGCAAAAUCUGGUGUGAGAACUCCAAUAGCUGGUAUAUUCUCAGGUGUUUUAGUCAUCUUGGCAUUAUUUGUUUUAACUCCUGCUUUCAGUUAUAUACCUGAUGCAAGUUUAAGUGCGAUUAUUAUUCACGCUGUACUAGAUUUAAUAUCAUCAUAUUCAUAUGUUAAACAAUUAUGGGAAAUUCAAUUUUGGGAUUUCGUGACUUUUACUUUAGGAGUUUUAGUCACAAUAUUUUUUUCCACUGAAAUGGGCAUUUAUGUUUCUACAGGAUUUGCACUUUUAAUAUUACUCUUAAGAUUGGCACGUCCAAGAAUUGAUAUUAUCGGUUAUCUCACAAUUGUUACUGAUGAUAGUGAUAUGUCCCAAAAACAUGUUUACGUUCCUCUCCGUAAAGAUUUUCCUGAAGCUGUUCCUCCUCCCGAUGGUGUUUUAAUCUUUAAAUUUGAAGAAUCAUUAACUUAUCCUAAUUCUUCUUAUAUUGAUUCUCGAGUGAUUGAUCAUGCAAGGUUAAAGACUCGACGAAUGAAAAAAGUUGUCAAAAAAGCUGGUGAUCGUCCUUGGAAUGAUGUUGAUGAUGAAAAAGAAGCUAGGAAAGAAAAUGAAAAAUUACCUCAAUUACGUGCUGCAGUAUUUGAUUUAUCAGCAGUAAGUGUAAUUGAUUCAACGGGAAUGCAAGCAUUACUUGGAAUUAAAAAUGAAUUAAAUAAACAUGCCGGAUGUCCAGUUGAAUAUCAUUUUGCUUGCAUUAAUACAAAUUCAAUUCAAAGAAGUUUGAUAAUGUGUGGGUUUGGGACUUUCGAUAAAGGUGAGGACUUGAAAGAUGUACAUAGUAAUAAUGAUUUAGAAGCAAAUAAUGUAAAUAAUACUAGUGAUGAAGUAGAAAUAGAUGGGGUAAAAAAAGAUUCAACAAUUAUAGAUGUUACGACACAAAGUAAUAGUAGUAGUAGUUCUUCAACGAAAACGAGUAAGCGAUUUUUCCAUUUUACGUUACAAGAAGCUGUAACUGCUGCCACAAAUGGUAAUAUGGUGAGAAAAAUUGAUUAG